CCAUUCUACCCAGGGCGUUGUGCCGCCUACUCACGGUCCUUAUUGGCUGAAGAGCCCAGUGUGGCCAGGCGCCAAAAGUGCCCAAGUUCCUGCCAUUGGAUAGCGUGGCUUGUCUGUCACCGCUGUGUUCUGAGGGAAAGAGGGGAAAAGAAGGCGGUGGCGGCUAUCUUGCGAUUUGAAGAGAUGGUCGAGUAACAUGACACCAGCCCACGUAGAGUUUCUGCUCUCUUUGUUUGCAGUCGGCGGCGGCUGCUUCUCUGCGAUUGCAUUUUUGAUGUGGUCGUUGCAUUUUUAACACUUAGGGGAAACUAGUUCAAACACACAACAGGAUUUCCCCCCCUCUUUGGCAGCGUAAAAUAACUUUCCACCUAGCAUUUGGACAGCUGAAAAGUGAAAUUGCAAAUGGCUUUGUAUAGAAAGCAAAUCUUUUACACUGGGGCCCUGGACGAAGGGGGACUUUUAAGAAUUUUAGGAAGAGAGAAAAUUCGGAUUUUCAAAAGACGGUGAAUGGAUCUCCUCAGAGUGCGUGCAGCAUCCUGGAAGCAAGAGGAUAAAUUGCUCGAUAGGCAAAACAGUGUGCUUGACAGCUUUUCCUGUGCAGCAUGAAUAUAGGAAUCCAUUCCGAAAGGGAACAUCAAAGACUGAAAUUGACAGAGAAGUCUUUGGAGAAAGAUGAUAGCAGAUCAGUAAAUAUGACCUCAAGGCAAUGGGUGAUCCGAGUCGUCUAUCUGAUUACAGCUGUGGACUUGACUUGCAUGUUCAUGCAGUUUGGGGUUGUUCCAUAUUUGGCAACAAGCCUGGGGUUGGAUGCAGUCGGAUUUGGCUACCUGCAAACUAUCUUUGGUAUUCUUCAGCUUCUGGGGGGCCCUAUUUUUGGAAGGUUUGCUGACCACUUUGGAGCCAGGGCUGCCUUGACUCUCUCCUAUGCAGCUGGAACUUUGUACUUUCUUCUCUUGUCUGUAUCUACCAGUGUCCCACUGCUCUUUCUGUCCAGGAUUCCAUGCAUCUUCAUGCAUGGGCUACCAGGUGCUCAGAUGGUCAUAACAGAUCUGACUACUUCUGCCAAACGUGCUGAUGCUUUAGGAAAGCUUGGACUUUGUUUUGGGAUAGGAAUAAUCAUUGGAUCUUCCAUGGGAGGUGCCCUAGCUACAAAAUUUGGUAUUUAUUUUCCUUGCUAUAUUGCACUGACGGGGAAUCUUGUGUGUGCUGCAAUAGCUCUCAUCUUUAUUCCUGCUCAGACAAAGCCACAAAUGAAAGGAAAUGCUGAACAACAGAGCACAUCUGAGUCCAAAAGUGUCUUUAACCUCAAAGAAAUCAUGCACCUGAUGAAGCUUCCAGGAGUAAUGGAGGUUUUUUUAAUCAAGGUGCUUUCUGGACUACCUGUAGGUGUGUUCCUGAUCAUGUUUUCCAUCAUUUCUAUUAAUUUCUUUGGUCUGAAUGCAGCAGAGGCUGGAUAUGUGAUGUCAUAUUGUGGAGUCCUUCAGAUGGUUGUCCAAGGCCUAGUAAUUGGAAGAUUAACUAGUCGCUAUACGGAGCAGACUCUGCUUAUGUUGAGUGUCUUUCUCAUGUGUGUAGUUGGCAUUGCUAUGGCCCUGAUGACCAACGUGUUCCAUUACUGCAUCAUUCUGCUCCCCAUGGUGUUCUCAUUUGCUACCAUAGGCAUCAUUACCGACAUCAUUCUGACCAAGUCCGUCCCUGCUUCUGACACUGGUACCAUGCUGGGAAUAAGUUCAUGUGUCUCUCCAUUGACACGAACAAUAGGCCCGACAAUAGGAGGAUUUCUGUACAGAACAUUUGGGGUAUCAUCCUUUGGUUACUUAAAUCUGGUGGUCAAUAUAGCCCUGUUUUUGUACCUCUUGAAGAAGAGAAUCCCUCUGAAAGAAGGAAAAGUCCAGUAACCAAUAUAAUGAGCAAUGUUGAUGACAACAGCAAAUAUGUGUGAUAUUUUCCCUGUUAUGUGGGGACUUCUGUUUUACUUGAAAAUAAAAAGACUCAAUUUAAA